AUGGGCCUACAAACAGAGAAAGAUAAAGAAAAGGAUGAUCCCAAGAAAAAUUAUAAAUUAUGUAGCAAAAAAUUUGAAACAGAUGAAUUAGAGGUCCUCAAAAAGAUUUACAAGGAGCUUGGAAGUAGGUCAAUUUCUAACCACAUUGACAAGGAGACAUUCCUCCAAUUUUUCCCCUUACCAGGCUUGUGGGGGGAGCGAUUAUUUUUAAAGUUUAAUUUUAAAAAUACUGGGUAUAUAGAUUUUGAGGAAUUUAUAAUAGGAAUAGCUAUAUGUUGUAGAGGAACAAAAAGCGAUAAAAUAAAUGUCCUGUUUGAUAUAUUUGAUUUAAAUUCAGAUGGAUAUAUUCAAAAAUCGGAGAUGGUUGCUAUGCUCUCAAAUAUACCAUAUAUUCAUAAAUUAAAAAAUAUAUUUUUUAAAAAAUCAAAUUCAACAAAUUAUUAUGAUGAUAACUACGAAGGGAAUUCAAAUGAAGAUCAUAAUGAAAAUCAUAAUGAUGGAUAUAACGAUGAUUAUAAUUACAAUUAUGUAGAUUAUUAUGACUAUAAUCAAAAUAAUAAUAACAAUAAUAUAGCUGUAAAUAAUAAUCAACAAAUUACUAAUAAUAAUGCAAAUUAUUCAGACAGUUAUAAUGAAUAUUGUGAUAGUGAAAAUGAGGAUGAAUAUAAUGAUGAAAAUUAUUAUUUUGAUAAAAUCUCCUCUGAAAAAAAAAUUUCUAAUGAUAGUGCAAAUUUAAAAGAUGCUCCUCAAGGAAAUUGUAAUAAAUGUUUAAAACAAAAAAAUAGAAUGAUGUAUAAUGAUAAAUUAUUAAGUAUGAAAGAAAUAGCUAAAAAAAUACGAAUAGAAAAAAAACAUCAUCUUGAAAAAUGCAUAAAAGAUAUUCGAAGAGAGCGGUAUGGUAAUGAUCUUGAAAAUCAAAGGAGUAGUAAUACUAUACGAAAAAAUAGUAACAUCAUUACAAAUAAUACCAUUAAUACUUGUAAAAAAGAAAAAAAAAACACAAUAAAUAAAGCAGAAAGUGAUGAUAAUAAUAGUAAUUCUUCUUCGAGCAGUGUUUCUAAUGUUUUUACAAAUGAAGAUGGUGAUUUUCAUAAUUUAUGUAAAAAAAGAAUAGUAAAAAAUAGAAAUCGUAGAAAAGGAUCAUACAAUAUGCACUAUUUAAAAAAUACCAAUAGUGCAUUUAUGUCAUCAACAAGUGAUAGUUCUUAUAGUUAUGAAACUAUUUCACGUAUAGAUAGUGAUGAAAUUGAUAGCUUUAGUUCAAAUAGAGAGCAAAGGAAUGGAUCCUGUAGUGGAACCUCCGAUUCUUUUAUUAGUAUAUAUGGCUAUUUAAUUAAAAGUAGAAAUAGAACAGAUAUACCAAAUAAAAAGCGUAAGGGCAAACAUGAGACGGAUCAUCAUUUACUAAUAGAAAAAAGAAAAAAUAGUUGGCAUGGAAGUGUACGGUCGAAAUUUACUCAGGACGAAAAAGAUAAAGAAAUGGAAGGGAAAGAAUCUGAAGAAAUUGAAAAAAAAAAAAAAUUACAAAUGAUAGAUAUUAAUAGUAAUAAUAAUUCAAUCGAACGUAAAGAAAACGAAAUCGAAGGGAAAGGGCAAGAUGCCGAUAAUAAUAAUGAAGUAGCCGAAAAUAAGGAGAAUGGUUUAGAAAAAAAAGAAAGCGGAGAAGAAAAAAAAGAUCAAGAUGCAAGUAAUAAUAAAAAUAAUGAUGCAGUAGAAAAUAAGGAUAAUGUGGUAGAAAAAAAGGAAACCAUUAGAAGUUCUUAUAACAGAAGUGAUGUAAAUAUUUAUAAAAAAGAAAAAAAAAUUGAAAAAAGAAGAAAACUAUUUUCAAAUGAACAUUGCUUACCAUCAAAAACAGCAAGAAAUAUAUUAAACGAUGAAGAAAACGAAGAAUAUUCUGAUAAAAAUGUUGAUGUUGAAGAAAUUGUUGAUAUAAUGCUAGAAGAAUGUGAAUUUAUGGAUAAUAAUAAAAUAACACAAAUACAAUUUAAAAGUGUCAUACAUAAAUAUGAUUUUUUUUUGUAUGUAUUUUUUAGUUGCCUUCAUGAAGAUAUAUGGGGGUUACAAGGUAAUGUAUUAUAUGGUAGAGAUUAUAUUAGCAAUUUUGUAAUAAAACCUGAAAAUUUUAAAAAUAAACAAAUUGAUGAAAAUGAUGAAAUUAUUACUGAAGAUCUUUAUUUUAAAAUACGCCAACUAUUUAUUGUACAAGCUCCAGAUUAUGAUUGUGUAAAUGAUAAUUUAUGUGUUAAUUUUUUGAAAGAGCAAAGUUUGACAAAUAAUGGAAUUGAAUAUCCUAGUGAUGAUCAUACAGAUAAGAAAAAAAAAGUUACUAACGAACCGGAAAAUAAUAAUAAAACAAAAGAUGAAACCUCAAAAGAUGCCGAAAAGGAGACGAAAAAUGAACAGCCAGGACAAACUAAAGAAGAUAAUAGUAAUACAAAUAAUGCCAAAGUAACACAACCCGAUACAAAUGCUAUAACUACUGAUAAGGAAUGUAAAACCUGUGAUUUAGAAGAUAAAGAAGUUAUGAAUACUCAUCAAAAUAUCAUUGAAAAAGAAAAAGAAAAGAGGGAAGAUGAACCAGUAAAAGAAAAUCAAUUGGAAAUAAAAAUACAAGAUAGUGAAAACAAGGAUACCCAUGAAAUAAUAACAAAAGAAAUAAAAGAAAAUCCCGAGAAAGUAAUAAAAGAAUCAAACGAUCUAAAUACAGAAGAACCAGUAAAACGCGAAGAAAUUUCUCAAAAUAAUUCUGAUUCCAUUCUCAAUAUAAAUAAUUCCAAUUCACUUAAUCCAAAUGAUAAGGAAAAUUCUACAGAAAAAGAAGGAAACCUUAAUGAAAAUAAAAAUGAUAUGAAUAUUUUACCUAAAAUAGGAAAUAAUACUAAGUUAGUAAUUCCAGACAAUAUAAAACAAACACCAGGAUACGAAUGUGAUUUUAAUCUAUUAACAAAUUCAAUGAAUGAUAUAUUUUCUAAAGAAAUUGUAGAAUUUAUUCAAGCAUCGAAAAUUAGUUUCAACAUCAGUGACGUGCGUAAAGAAAGAAACUCACAACAUAAAGAUAAGCAUAAAAAAACAAAGAGAAGUAUAGAUAAAGUGAAAAAUGAUUCUAGUGCUUCCUUAACUAUUAAAAAGAAACAAGGAGACGAACCUCUUAAUAAUACCCUUACAUUUUCAGAUACUGAAAAAGAAAAUAUAAAAAAAAUAACUAAUCAUGAAAUUAUAGCAUCAAAUAAUGAUACAGAGAUAGUUAAUGAAAUAAUUACUAAGAAAGAAAUUAAAGAAAAAAAUAUUUUGGAUAAUCAAAAUGAUUCCAAAGAUCAAACUAUUAAUGAUAAUGAUACAAAUAAAAGUCAUCUAGAUGUUGAUUCUGAUGACAUAAGCAAAGAAAUCAAGAAAAGUAUUGUUGCAAUAAACAUGCAAAAUUUUGUAGAAAAUAAUGAAAAUAACAAAAUUGAUGAACUAAAAGAUGCAAAUAUCUCGAACGAACAACAAACUCAAAAUGAUUCUGUGAAUCCAAAUACAGAAUUAAGCAUACCUGCAAAAGUGGAAAAUGAUAAUAAAAAAGAAGAAAUUCCUGGUACAUCGUUAGAUGCACCUUUGGCUCCUGUAGUCGUUUCAAGCGACAUAUCCACAGAAGCAAAAGUAGCAAAAGAAAAUGCAGUGGAAAAACCAGUGGAAGAGCAAAAAAGUAGUGAAAUUGCAGAUGAAAUCAAUGAUAAAAAUGUAAAAAAAUCGAAUUGUGAAAUUGAAGAUAAAAAUGAAACAAAAGUAAAAAAAGAAGAAAGUUCAAGUAACGAAGAUGAAAGUUGUUUUUUCGAAGGUAAAAAAAAAAAGAAAAAAAAUGAUGUAGCAAAAAAACAUGUAAAAGAUUCUAAUUUAUAUUCAUGCCCUAAUUGUAAAGGACCAUUUUUAAUGUGCCCAAAUUGUCAUAGUAGAUAUCCAAGAUUUUGUGUUAAAGAAGAUAAAAUAGCAAUGGAAUGUGAAUAUUGUGAUUGCGAACAUUGCUAUUUUUAUAAAUGUAUAUAUUGUAAUUUUGAUUUUCAAAAAUGUUUAAAUAUGGUAAAAAAAAAUUCACUAAAAGAAGGUAUAUUAUAUAAAAUAGGAAAACAUCUUCAUCAAUUUAAAGCAAGAUAUUAUAUAUUAUUUGAUAGUUUAUUAUAUUAUUAUGAUAAAAAAAAUAAUUUAAAGCCUCGAGGAUUUAUGUUUUUAGAAGGAUGUUAUGUUGAAGUUAUACCUAAAAAUGAUAGUAUAAAUAAAUAUGGAUUUUCUAUAUGUCAUAAAGGUACAAAUCAAAUACAAAAAAGAAACUUAUAUGUUAAUACACAUGAAGAAAGAGAAGAAUGGUUACAAGCAUUAUAUUCAACAACAAAACAAAAUACUUUAUAUAAUUUAUAUGAAAUACAUGAACAAUUAGGACAAGGAAAAUUUUCAACAGUUUACAGAGGAAUCAAUAAACAAACAAAUUCUGAAUUUGCUAUCAAAGUUAUUAAUAAUAGAUCUGUUUCAAUUUAUGAAAAAGAACUAUUACGUAGUGAAAUAUCCAUUUUAAGAUUGUUAAGACAUCCAAAUGUUAUAUUUUUAAAAGAAAUAAUAAAUACUAAAGAAACUUUAUAUAUAUCUAUGGAAUUAGUAAAAGGAGGUGAAUUAUAUGAUUUUCUAUUAUCAGAAACAAGAUUAAGUGAAAUACAUGCUAACAAAAUUAUUUCACAAUUAAUAAAAACAGUUGCAUAUUUACAUAAAUGUGGUAUUAUACAUAGAGAUAUAAAACCUGAAAAUAUUUUACUAACUGAUAAAUCAAAAGAUGCACAAAUUAAAUUAACAGAUUUUGGAUUAUCUACAUUAUGUGCUCCUAAUGAAUUAUUAAAAGAACCAUGUGGUACAUUAGCAUAUGUUGCUCCUGAAGUUAUAACAUUGCAAGGAUAUAAUCAUAAAGUAGAUGCAUGGUCAAUUGGUGUUAUAUUAUAUUUAUUGUUAAGUGGAAAACUGCCUUUCCCAAUUAAUAAAAAUACAGAAAUGAAUAUUCAAAAAACUUAUGUACUAAGUUUUAGAGAUAAUAUAUGGAAAACUAUCUCAUCUUCAGCUAAAGAUCUUAUAUCAAAAUUAUUGGAAUUAAAUGCAGAAAAACGAAUUUCAGCUAGCGAAGCUUUAGAACACAUAUGGAUAAAAAAUCCAACUGCUGUUAUUAAUGAAAACUCAGUUAUUUAUAAAAAUGAAGAAAUUAAUAUUCUAAAUCUACAAGAUGUUAGUGUAAGUACAUUUAAUAUACCAAAAUAUGCACCAUAUCAUGCAGAAGAAAAAAAAGUUGAGGAAGAACCCAAAAAUGAAAAUGCAUAUAGUUUUCAUCAAGAUAAUAAUAUGAUAUGUGAAAAUAAUUAUUUCAAUGAUGAUCCAAUCAUACCAUUGCCAUAUAGUGGAUCUAUGAUAAAAGAAACUACUGUAGAUAAAAACACUACAUUAGCUUCAAACGAUCCAAAUUCAGAUAAUAAGCAAGGUAUAAACAUAGAAAAUAUGGAAAAUUCAGAAAAUUGCAAUACAGGUGAUAAUAAAGCUAAUACCAACACACGUGAUAAUGAACAAUCAAAAGGGGACAAAUCGAAAGAUGAUACAACAAAUGCAUAA